UUCUCUCUUCUUCCACAUUGGAAUUGCAGAGACUCAAACUGUAUAUUGGAAUUGCAGAGAGAGAGAGAAUGGGUAGAGGGAAGAUUGAGAUAAAGAGGAUAGAGAGCUCGACAAACAGGCAGGUGACCUUCACCAAGAGGAGAACUGGGAUUCUGAAGAAAGCAAGGGAGAUCUCCGUUCUCUGUGAUGCCAAGGUCUCUCUCGUCCUCUUUUCGAGCACCGGCAAAAUGUUUGAAUACUGCACCCCUUCUACCUCGCUUAAGGAUAUGUUAGGAGAAUACCAGAGGACCUCCGGAAAUAAGCUAUGGGAUGCCCAGCAUGAGCACUUGAGCGCAGAGGUCGGUAUGAUGAAGAAAGAGAAUGAAAACAUGAGGGUUCAGUUAAGGCACUUGAUGGGUGAGGAUCUGAACUCCUUAACGGCCGGUGAACUCAAUAGGCUCGAAGACUCUUUGGAAGUGGGUAUUGCUAGCGUUCGUGCUAAGCAGAUGGAACAUAUUCAUAGCAGGACCCAGAUGCUAAAGAGCAAUAAACAAAUCCUCGAAGAACAAAACAAGCAAUUGCAGUACAUUAUGCAUCAAGUUGAUGGCAACAUCACAGAAUUGGAACAAAGUUAUCACCAUUUGCAGGCAGAAAGGGAUUUUGCUGCACAAGGUCCUGGAGCAUUUCGUGUACAACCCAUCCAACCAAAUCUACAGCAGAACAAAUGAGUUGUGCUAUUGACCCCCAAAAAAACACAAAUAAACUAUGCUCACAAUGGUAUUUAACAUUUUAUUUGGAUUUGAGUUCCACUGUAUUAUUAUUACUCAAGGACAGAGUUAAUGCCUUUAACUCUUGUUGAUCUACAGGAAAAAAUAUGUAAAUGACGAUUGGUUUGGUUUUUGUUGUGUUUUUUACUUUUUCUGUAACUUUUUGCAUUGGAAAUGUGAUAAUUGUGCUUAAUCUGGUUAA